CCAAGUCAUUGAGACUGGUCACACCUCUUACUCUUCUAUAUAUGACACAUGUCGCUCAAGGAUCUGAACCGCUAGGCAGACGGGGAGAGAGAGACGUGACUAUGGCUCCUGAGAGCUGGGCUGGGGUGGGAUCGGCUGUCGCCAGCCUCAUGUUCCUGUGGGCUGUGGUUCGCCCGUACUUCCCCUCCCACCUUCACAUCUACCUAUCCACCUACACCUCCAAGCUGGUCGGCCUCGUCUACCCGUACAUCGAGAUCACCUUCGCAGAGUACGCCGGCGAGCGGCUCAAGCGCAGCGAGGCCUACAUCGCCAUCGAGGCCUACCUCGGCGCCACCUCUUCCGAUCGCGCCAAGCGCCUCAAGGGCGAGACAGACCGCGACGGUUCCCAGCUCGUCCUCAGCAUGGACGAGUACGAGGAGGUCACCGACGACUUCCAGGGCGCCAGAGUCUGGUGGACGUCUAGCAAGACCACCCCCAAGUCCCACUCCUUCUCCAUCUACCCGGCCCCCGAGGAGCGCCGCUUCUACCGGCUUACCUUCCACCGCCGCCACCGCAAGCUCAUCCAUGGCUCCUACCUCUGCCAUGUCAUGGAGGAAGGCAAAGCCAUCGGCGUCAGCAAGCGCCAGCGCAAGCUCUACACCAACAACCCAAAUUAUGACAGGUUUGAACACAAGCAGCUGGUGUGGAGCCACGUCCCCUUCGAGCACCCGGCGACGUUCGACACCCUUGCCAUGGAGCCCGACAAGAAGCAAGACAUCAUCCAAGACCUCCUGGCCUUCAGGGAAAGCAAGGAGUACUAUGCCAGAAUUGGCAAGCCAUGGAAGCGCGGCUACCUUCUCUACGGCCCACCCGGUACCGGCAAGUCCACGAUGAUCUCUGCCAUGGCUAAUUUACUCGACUACGAUGUGUAUGAUUUGGAAUUGACAGCGGUGAAGGACAACACGGCAUUGCGGAAGCUGCUGAUCGAGACAACGAGCAAGUCGAUCAUUGUGAUCGAAGACAUCGACUGCUCACUCGACUUGUCGGGGAAGAGGAAGAGUGAGGCACCGUCGGAGGGAGGAAGCGAGGAGGAUAAGAAGAAGGCGGUGAUGAAGGAGGACAAGGAGGGGAACAAGGUGACGCUGUCGGGGCUUCUCAACUUCAUUGAUGGAUUGUGGUCCGCGUGCGGUGGCGAGAGGCUGAUCGUGUUCACAACGAACCACGUUGACAAGCUGGACCCGGCUCUGAUAAGAAGAGGGAGGAUGGACAAGCACAUCGAACUUUCUUAUUGCAGCUUUGAAGGGUUUCAGGUGCUGGCGAGGAACUAUCUUGGUGUCGGUGAGCAUCAGCUGUUCGAGAGCAUAAGAAGGUUGAUGGAGGAGAAGCAGAUCACGCCGGCGGACGUGGCGGAGAAUUUGAUGCGCAAGAGUGUGGGUAGAGCUGCUGAGGAGAACGUUGAGGCCUGUCUUCAGAGCUUGGUGAAGGCCCUGAAAGAGUGCAGGUCGAAGAACGAGGAGGAGACGGCAGCUGCGACGGAGACCCAGGAAGCCAAAGAAGACUAGGGUUAAUUAAAUGCUUGAGAGAAUUUGAAGUGAUGCAGAUGUACUGAUUGAGUUGGCUUGAGAGCAAUUUCACAUCCAACAUAUGAUGAUUGGAAUAUUUUUUUUUUCAAAAUAUCAACGUAGAAA